AUGGAAUACAAAAAAGAAAAGUCUCAAUAUGAGACCAAAUUACAAUCAUCAAAACAAAAAUCUAUCACUAUCUAUCGUCUAUUUCGAUUUGCUUCUAAAAAAGAUAUUCUAAUGAUUACUGUUGCCAUACUAUGUUCUAUCGUUAUUGGUGCCAUUCAACCAUUAGGUAUCCUAAUCUUUGGGAAAGCCAUCGAUACAUUCGCGCUUGAAGCAGAUACUUCUUCAAACUUGGUAGAAACCGUCCGUCCGAUCAUCUAUUGGUUUAUCAUCAUGGGUAUUGUAGCGUUUGUUGCCGCCUAUGUAUCUAAUUGUUGUUGGGUACUAUCUGGAGAAAAUCAAACGAGAAGAAUAAGGUUAGCCUACGUGCAUGCCGUACUUCGACAAGACAUGUCAUGGUUUGAUAUUGCAGGAGAAGGUUCACUUACAACAAGAUUGGUUGCCGAUACGCAGAUGAUCCAAGAUGGCAUAUCAGAUAAAUGUGGUGCUUUUGUUAUGUCAAUGGCCCGAUUCAUUACUGGCUUUCUUGUCGCUUUCAUCAUCAACUGGCGCCUUGCUAUUGUCAUCUUGACCAUCGUACCGCUUCUUGCUGGAUUUGGUGCUGUCAUGUCUUUCUUGAUUACGCGAUAUACCAUACGAAUACAAAACGCUUACGCCGAUGCUGGAACCGUUGCUGAACAAGCAUUGGGUGGUAUCAGGACUGUUCAUGCUUAUUCACUACAAAAUAGAUUUACUCGCUUGUAUGAUGAUAAACUACAAGUUGUGUUGAGUAUUGGCGUUCGUCGUGCUGUUGUCGUAGCCGUUGGAUAUAGCGGAUUAAUGUUCAUCAUGUUCGGUACGUAUGCUUUAUCGCUUUGGUAUGGAUCUCAGCUAAUGUAUCAAAGGAUAUUGGACGGUCAAACUGUGGUAACGGUGAUUAUUGUCAUGCUGAUGAGUGCCAUAUCCUUGAUGCAAUUGCCUGCCUACUUUUCCACUAUCAUCAAGGGUCGUGCUGCCGCUACUAAACUUUUUUCCAUCAUAGAUCAUAUUCCAAAUAUCGACUCUGACCAUCGUCAUAAGGAGAGAGACACAAUCCAAGGUCAUAUCCAGUUUCGUAAUGUCCAUUUUGCCUAUCCAACAAGACCAGAUAUACCAGUUUUACAGGGUUUUGAUCUCACUAUACAUCCAGGAAUGACUGUAGCAUUUGUUGGAUCGUCAGGUUCAGGUAAAUCCACUUCCAUACAACUGUUACAACGUUUCUACGAUCCAGUGCAAGGAAACAUUCUUGUAGAUGGUGAAGAUAUCAAAGAGUCGUGGGACGUUCAAGCACUAAGACAACAUAUUGGUGUCGUGGGACAAGAACCUGUAUUGUUCAACAUGACUGUGAGAGAAAAUAUUUGUAUGGGUGCGAAACAAUCUAUAGAAAAUAAUAGCAAAAAGGAUCCUGUUAGUACUGUCUCUGAAGAUCAAAUUAUAGCAGCUUGUCGUCAAGCUAAUUGUCACGUAUUUAUUACCGAACUGCCACAAGGGUAUGAUACAAUGAUCAAAGAAGGUAUGCUAUCAGGUGGUCAAAAACAAAGAAUAGCUAUUGCCAGAGCUAUUUUAAAGAAUCCAUCCAUUCUUUUACUUGAUGAAGCUACAUCGGCUUUAGAUACCACGUCUGAAAAAAUAGUACAACAUGCUAUUGACUCUGCUUCUCGAAACCGAACCACUAUCAUUGUUGCGCAUCGUUUAUCAACAGUACGCCAUGCUGAUCUUAUUGUCGUCAUGGAUAAAGGUCGUUUAGCCGAACAAGGUACUCAUAUAGAAUUACUAUCUCAUGGAGGAAUAUAUGCCGAACUAGUAUCCAAACAAGCCAUUGCAACUAAAUGCAUUAGUGACGAUCAUAUUUCAAGUACUUUAUCAAAAGACUCACAAUAUCUCGAGGAAGAUACAAUAAUUGUAAACACAGCAGAAAAUACUGAUAUCUCACUGGAUCACCGCGCAAACUCACCAACUAUGAAACAACGACAAUACAGAUCGUUGCCAAUGAAUAACCAAUAUCAACACUCGUUACAGCAACAAAGACAGCUAUCAUCGCACUUACAGUCAUCGUCAUACAGGACCACCAUAUAUGUUUUGUUUGAAAUAGUACGACAAAUGCGACCAGAAUGGCAUUUAUUAUUGAUGGGUAGUGUUUGUGCAUGUGCUAGCGGUAUCAUCUUUCCGGUCUAUGCGACGAUUGUAGCCAAUGUUAUCAUUAUUAUCUCUCAACCUGACUUUACGCAACAUCAACAAGGUCCAUUUCAAAGCACCAACUUGUACUCCAUCUUAUUUCUUAUUAUUGGCAUUUGGGCUUUCCUUAGUAUCGGUGGUCGACGAUUUGCUUUUGAAUUGGCUGGGGAACGCUACAUGCGGCGAUUACGAUACCAAUUAUUCUCUCGUUUAUUGGCUCAAGAGAUUGGCUUUUUUGAUCAAGAAGAAAAUUCGGUUGGUGCUUUAUCCUCACGUUUGGCAAUGGAUGUAAAAAAUGUGACUGAAAUGGUGAUCACAGUAUGGGGUGAAUUUAUCCAACUUUUAUUUACAGCUUGUGCAGGAUUGGCCAUUGCUUUCGCUCAUAGUUGGGUUCUCACUUUGAUUAUGCAGUGCAUGAUUCCGUGUCUGGUGUUAUCGACGGCAUAUGAAUCGGUCAUUAACAGAAGGUUCCACGACAAGACAAAAAAGGCAUACGAACAAAGCAGCCAAGUCGCAAAUGAAGCUAUUCGAGAAAUUCGUACUGUCGCCUCCUUGACUCGCCAAGCAUACUUUGAACAACGCUACGCAGACGCUACCUUACCAUCACAUGCUCUUGCUCAGCGGAAAGCAUAUUUGACUUCCUUGGGUUACGCCUUUAGUCAAGCCACGAAUAUCUUUACCAAUGCUGUUGCUUUUUAUGCUGGUGCGAUUAUGAUCUCUCAUGGUUCUAUCAACAUGCAACAAAUGUUUGUCACACUCAUGACAGUCCUUAUCACUGCUGAAGGUAUUGGUCAUGUUAGUACAUUUACUGGAGUCUAUGCAAAAGCAAAACAAUCGACCUUGACAACUUUUGAAGUGUUAUUUCGAAAACCUGCUAUCGAUCCUGAUUUGGAAGGCAACGAACCUAAAACUGUAGAUGGACAAGUGGAUUUCUCUAAUAUUGCUUUUCGAUACCCUGCAAGACCUCAAGUACCCAUUUUCAAUGGUGAUUUUCAUUUACCUAUCAAGGCUGGUCGUACGAUUGCUUUGGUUGGUCAUAGUGGUUGUGGGAAAUCGACUACGAUUGGUUUACUUCAACGCUGGUAUGAUCCUAUUUCUGGUGUGGUAUCUUUGGAUGAAAAAAAUGUACAAUCAUUUACUUUGAACAAUUUACGAAGCCAUAUGGCCUUGGUUGGGCAAGAACCAAUGUUAUUCGAUUUGACAAUCCGGGAAAACAUUUUAUUUGGCGUAGAGGAAUCAAAUCAUAUCACUCAACAAGACAUCGAAAAUACUUGUCGUACUUCCAACAUUCAUACAUUUAUCAUGAACUUGCCUGAUGGUUAUGAUACUCGCGUAGGGGAUAAAGGUUCUCAAUUAUCAGGAGGUCAAAAACAAAGGAUUGCCAUUGCCCGUGCUUUGAUUCGACAACCUAAAGUUCUAUUAUUGGAUGAAGCCACGUCUGCCCUGGAUAGCGAUUCAGAAAAAUUAGUGCAAGAUGCUAUUGACAGGAUUUUGGAACAAAAGAAUCGGACUACAAUCACCAUUGCUCAUCGACUAAGCACCAUCCAGAAAGCAGAUGUGAUAUGCGUCGUGAAGGAUGGCAGAAUCAUAGAACAUGGAAGCCACUGGGAACUAUUGGACUUGAAAGGUGUUUAUGCAACUUUGGUUCAUCAACAAUCGUUAAGUGUAAACUGAAUCAUCUACGGAUCCCCUUUAUUUUUUUAUUUUAUUUCUUUUUUUUUUGAUAUUACUCUCUUUGUCUUGAUCCUUUUAACUUUUAUUUUAGUGUGUCUCUAUAUCGUUUUUUUUUUAUAUAGUUUUUAU